CUUCCUGGAGGAUUGACAGUUUAUGCGAGUGCGGAUCGUUCAGCAAAAGAACCGAGAGCUCCCGUUGUGAGCGGAGAGAUCACAGCUCAACCUUUUCUUGGAUUCAGUUUUGUACUUUUAAGUUUUAAAGUUUCCAAGAAGAGCGCUCAGAGGGGAGAUUACGCGGACCUACGGGGCAUGAAAGUGGAGCGGGCGCUUCAAACAAAGUAGAAGCGGAGGUCGACCUGUCUGUUUGAUGGCUGCUGGGGAUGGAGCCCAGCUGCCGGCCACAGUAGCGGCCAGCCGAAGCGUGGAAAAGGCGCUGGAGGAGGCUGCUGCUAGCGGGGCUCUCAACUUGUCUAACCGAAAACUGAAGGAGUUUCCCCGCAGCGCCCGGAACUACGACCUGUCAGACAUUACACAUGCAGAUCUGUCUAAGAACCGUCUGUGUGAGCUUCCAGAAGAGCUCUGUCAGUUCAUCUCUCUGGAGACACUGAGCCUGUACCACAAUGGGAUGCGUUCACUGUCCUCCAAUCUGGGCAACCUCCAGGCCCUGACCUACCUCAACCUCAGUCGUAAUCUCCUGUCCAGUUUACCCCCAUCAGUGUUUCAGCUUCCCCUCCUGCGAGUCCUCAUCGUCAGUAACAACAAGCUUUCUUCACUGCCUGCCUCCAUAUACUCGCUGACACACCUCCGGCAACUGGAUGUAAGCUGUAAUGAGCUGCAGCGUUUGCCAGGAGAGCUUGGUCAGCUAGAGUGUCUGAGAGACUUAAAUCUGAGGAGGAACCAGCUCACCACUUUGCCUGAAGAAAUAUCCGAGCUCCCCCUUGUUCGGUUUGAUGUGUCCUGCAACCGAAUUUCUCACGUGCCCUUGUGCUACCGACACCUCCGGCAUCUGCAGAGCAUCUUGCUGGACAACAACCCACUGCAGAUGCCACCUGCACAGAUCUGCUCCAAGGGCAAAUACCACAUCUUCAAGUACCUCAACAUGGAGGCCUGUAAGAGGAGUCAGGAGGAGCUGGAGAAACACCUGAGGCCAACUGGAUUUAACAGUUGCCUGUCAGACCAGGAGCUGUUCACAGGUCAGUUUGGAGGGCUGGACUCUGGCUUCAACAGUGUGGACAGCGGCAGCAAAAGAUGGUCUGGGAAUGAGUCAGCAGAUGACUUCUCAGAGCGUUCCCUCCGCAUGGCUGAGGUCAGCAGAGACCAGAGGAACCUGGAAGAGGAGAAUAGAUCUCCUUUGGAAGCUAACAAAGUCAAUGGAGAGGCUGAGCAGGUGGACUUCAUUGACAGCAGUGUGACAGAAGAAGAGGAGGAGGAGAUCAGGAUGGAUCCAUCUACACCUGCUCUCACAGCACCUUCUCUGGAGCACAAGGAGGGAUCUUCACAGUCCCAAACCCAGGACUCAACAACGUGCCGAUCCAGCCUCCACGUUGAGGUGGGCCCCCCGUCGUCCGCCUCCUCGUCUCCUCUGUCACCCUCUAGCCCCACCCUGGAGGAGCGGAGGAGGCCUGGCACACUGUUCAUCUGGCAGGAGAGGGAGCGGCUUCAGCAGCAGAGGGAGAAGGCGAGUUUGUUGAAGUCAUCCACCAAAACAGGAAGUCAUGUGGCCUCUGCACUACAGACGGGAAGUAGCUCAUGUGGUGCAUCACCAGAGAACAGCAACUCUCACUCCGGCUUGCGGCACCGAUGUGCGAGUGCUGACCAAAUGAGCACAGCGACCCCUUCAGUCCUUCUGCAGCGCUCCAGCAGCAGAACAGAUGUCCCAUCCUCCCAAAAGACGUCCCCUCCUCCUGGUCAGGCCCAGAAGCCCAACAGUUUCCUGUUUCGCACCUCCUCCCGCACCAACGUCAAACCCACAGCUGUCUUCAGUCUUGGUGAGUCUGGCAGAAGUGAGUCUCGCACGACGCUGCGUUCACCCAAAGAGGAGAGACCAGACAUCACAGAGUUACGCAAGACUCUGGAGUCUCGGCUGAAGAUCAGUCUGCCAGAGGAUCUGGGUGAAGCUCUGUCCAAUGGCACUGUCCUCUGCCAGCUGGUCAAUCACAUUAGACCCCGCUCCGUGUCAAUCAUCCACAUUCCCUCCCCUGCAGUGCCAAAACUGAGCUUGGCAAAGUGUCGAUUAAACGUGGAGAAUUUCACUGCAGCUUGUCGCAAGCUGGGAGUCCCUGAGACUGAAGUGUGUGUGUCCUCUGAUGUGCUUCUGUAUAAGCUGCCCGCUGUGCUGCGCUGUGUAACGGCCCUGCUGGCCAUGGAGAGGGGGGAGAUGGUGGAGGAAAGCUCGCCUCGCCACUCCUCACCUACGUCUUCAUCGUCCUCUUCGCUGCUGUCCACAGACUUCCUGUUCUUCUACUGUGCAGCCAUGGCGCUGCUCUACGUCCUCUACUGCUACCUGCUUACCUAAAGCGUCAGCACACAAAAUAUACAUACUGCACGUUUAUCUGCUCUAUACACAAUCUGAACACACAGAAAUGUCACAGCUUGACACACACAGCUGCUCCUACAGCUGUCAUUUAAAUAGUGAGUUAGGUGUGUGCGCUCGGUACUGACUGUAGAGCUGAUAUAUUAAGACUUGCUGCACUGGUUGGAAGUCUGACAUAGAGAUAAUUCAGCAGAGAGCACUUCACCAAUGGAAAUAUACUGUAUGCGAGCAGAUUAAAUGCCUUUGCCUAGUUUAGCCUUCACUCAUGUUUGGAGAAGAUAGAAGUUUUUGUCUGAGUCAGAGCUGCUUGGUGUCAGAAAGUCUCUCACUGGCUGAGAUGUGAGUGGAUGGAACAAAGGAACCACAUUCUCUGUUGAAUCUCCAUCAUAUACUAUAGUUGAUUUUCUGAAGAUGUUGCGGACACUUAAUUACACAGCAUGCAGACACAGAGCAUUCUCAUUCAUUUGAAACUGUGAAACUAAGUCUUUAAGCCCUUUUAGCUCUGGAGUGUUUCACUUUAUUUGCUAAUGUACAGGAACUUUUUAAGUGGUUAAAGUUCCUCCAGAUCAUUGUGAUUUGUGUUUCCAUAGUAGGGCCAUGGUCCCAGGGAGAAUACAUGAAUUAGUCCACUUAUGUAUCAAAACCAGGACAGACUCAGAUCACCUCUGAAUAUUGUUCUCUGUAAAACUGGACAACAAAGCCUGGAGUUUGUUGGUCCAUCUGUCUUUAGAUGUUUUGUGAUCCAUGCAGCCAAGAACCUCAAGUAAGAAAACCUGCAGUUGCAGGUUUUAUUGUUGAUGGUGAUGAUUGAGAGCAGAAUGCUAGGCAAGGCAUUAUUGGGCAGGAAAAAUGGUGCUCAUGUGUCCUCUUUUAAUUUAACCAAUCAGCAUGGAGACCUAAAUAGCAGCUUGUCAGGGCCGCAAAAAGUUCGUGCCACCCUAAAACAGUCUGCAAGUUCCUGCAGCAGAAAACAGCUCAAAACUGGAACCUAUUUUAGAUGGUGGUUCUUCCACUUGAAACACAAGCAGGGGAACAGAGUUCUUCAGCAAGUUCCUGUGGCACCUCAAGUUUCACCAGCUAGUUCCAGACUGUCUGCUGUUUGAUGAUGAGCAAGUGGUGUACAGUGGAUUCAUCAGAGCGUUUUCACUGCAAACAGCCGCCUGCUGCUGAAGCAAGCACGACUGAUGAGUGCUGAGUGUGAGCAAAGCAUUAAAGAGCUGUAAAACCUAAACAAUGAGCUAAGGUGCAACAAACUCUGUAGAGCUGACAGCCACAGUUGGGUGAUGAGCCGUCACUGCCAGCAGCACCUUUCACUUUAUACACAGUCAGCAGAAAUAUUAAAGUAUUGAUCAGUGCAGCUUUGAGGCUCAGUUCUGUCUCAUAGUAAUUACAUUUACACUGACAAAAUAAAAUACUUGGAUGUGAAAUGCCUACAAACAGACCAGAAUUGAACAAUUUUUAAGCAUGUUGCAGAAAUUAGAAUUUAAAGGGAACCAUUAGUUCUGCUGGUUGAUAAUAUUGUCUUCUCCAUGGUAAAGACUGAGAUCUGUGAAUGAAUAGAGACUCGAUGAGGCCGGUUCUGAACAAAACUCUGUGGAAGAGCAAAUAAAGGCCAACAGUAACAGUCCAACUUCAGUCGGACUGUUACUGCUGACUGAGUCUUUUCAAAUUGCAAACUAGCUAUCCUGGAAACAGGUUCUAGCUGGAUGGAUUCUUUAGACAGAGACUGUGGUUCUUUAAAAGAUUUGGACUCAACCACUGACAUUGUUUGUGCCUAAAGCAGUUGUCUGAAAGACAGAAGCUGCUGAAAUUUCCUGAGACAGAGCUGUGAAUGUGGAAUGUGAUUUUUAUUUUAGCCUGAGACAGAUGCAAGUUCAUUAAAUUUGGAGCCUGGAUGUUAAAUGAUGCUGUCAAGAGUGAUAGACAAUUGAAACAGGUCUGUUACUGAACUGACCACUUGUUUUCUGAAUGCUGUGUUGCCUGGGAAACAGCAGGGGGCGAUGUCGCUGCAUCUGCCCUUAAGACGGUACAAACCCCUGCAGGAGGUUGUGUGUGUAAAGUUUUUUUUGCUGUCUCUGGUCUGUCUGAUCGGCUGACUUCAUGUUUGUAUAAAUGUAAACAGCUUAUUAAAUUAUUGCUUUUUUUAAAAUUUAUUUUGAACUCUGUUCUGAACUCUGUUCUGUCUUUGGUUGUUUUUGAUUCUGUGAUGAAACAGCAGAGGCGUCACUAAUUUAGUUAAACCUCUUAGCCAAUAGUUUUAGAGCCUCAUAAAUCUUUGUGAAAUCAGUGUGAGUGCCUUAAAUCACACACACGGGUAAAUUAAAUGUAAUCAAUAUUCAAUUAUUCCAAGUGAAAAUAACAUUGACAGUUUAAAAGUUUCCUCCUUUAUUGGAUUGGUGAAUAUCCGUUUCCCUUGAGGCUACGCAUCUGACGGCCUCUGCUGUUUCUACCACAUGCUGUGUCUGGCUUACUGCUCAUAGAAGGUCAAUAACUGCAACUAAACACAGAUUAAAUUCUCAUUACCAUGCUUAUUUGACUGAUGUGGGGCUUGAAAGCUAAUAUCAGUAGUGAGAUUUGGGGGAUUCAGGCUGCUAAAGUCCUGAAAAUCCAGAACAUUCAGCAUUUCUGAACAGAAUGUUAACUUUCUCAAUACUAAAACUGCACUCCAACUCAACAGCAUGAACUAAUUAAGAGUUCUUCAUAUUAACAAACACAUUGGUCAUACUCUGCUCAGUAUAUUGAACAGGACUGACCCUCUGAACAUAUUGAACCCCAAAUUGUUCAGUGUUAAAUGGGCAAAUAACCAUAUUAGUAAAUUAUAUGAAUAGAUUGUGUGCAAUAUAUAAAUGACCAAUAAUUUGUCUUUAUCAAAGCUAAACUCAUUGCUAUGAAAUGCUAUAUAAUUCUAAUUAGGGCUACAACAUGUUUCAGCAACAAUAUUACAAUUUAUGCAUUGCAGGAAGAAAAAUGAACUCGGAGACAUCAUGCUACAACUUUUGCCACUUGAUAGAAAAAUUAAAGCAGCAUGGUUCACAUUUUCCAUGACUUAUCUACAGGAAAAGACUGUCUGAUAGAACAUAACUUACUCUGAUUUAAGUGUUCUUAGAUACACUCUUUCAAAUAAAGUGAAAAAAAUAAUCUGAUUUUGUUGACUAAACACAAUUUCUGGUGUCUUUACCAAUGUUACACCAUAUGACAAAGGUUCCAAAUAGCUUUUUUUAAAGUUAUUUUUUAUUUUCUAUGCAGAUGUUCUCUCCCACAGAAUCACCCCAGCAAUUCUAGAAUAACCAGUUAAUUCCAAAUAGUCCAAAUAAACUCAAGUCAUCUGGUGAAAAGUAUUAUAAGAAAAACAAAAUAUCCCAUUACCAACAUCCUAGUAUUGUGCAGCUCUAGUUCCAAUUUCAUAAUUUAAUUGGAGUUAAUUUUUAAAUGUGACCCAUGAUGAUGGAAUUUAUGCAGUGUCACUUUUCGUGACAGUGCCGUUUGUAUUUGUAGAUGUCCCCAGCCUUUACACAAGCUCAACAGGUACUAACAGGUGUAGCGAGUUAGCUGAAGCUACAGACAAUAAUUCUGAAUCGUGCUGCUUCUGUAGCCUAAUGUCAACUGUUAUUUAAUUGUAAUUGCAACAGUAAUUGUUAAUAUGAAAAUGCGAACAAUGAAAUAACAUUUGAGAGCAAUGAGCUGAAUCGAUAAAGUACCUUAAAUUAUUUACAUAAAUGAUUGGCUCAUGUAUAUAUUGUAUACAUUAUAUUCAUGAUUAUUUCCUAAAAUCAGUUUUAUUCAUUUAAUAUUGACCACUAUUGGAGAUCAAAUGACAAUAGCCAUUCUGUUAAAAUUGCAAUAUAGAUUUAAUGACUGAUGUAACAAGGUUUUUAGCACACUGGUUCUUUUGUCCAUCCUCAGUUUCAUGUCCACAUCUGUGCUGUUGUCCAAAGGUUCGAAUGCCCACUCCCUCCCCGUGUUUGACAACUUUUUAUUAGCCUGCUGUUAAGAUGAACUUUAUACUGUUUCAAUCCAAAUGUAUAUUUUAUAAGUGAAACUGGAUAAGCAACACACAGUAAUUCAUUCACUGACGUAGAACAAGCUAUAUUCAUAACUAUGUUAGUGGAACAGAAUACUGCUGUAUUUUAUAUUUAUAUAAUACUCUUGUAUUAUUAAGAAUGUUUUUUGAGUUUAUAUAAAUCUAUAUGUAUUUUCUUUUCUUCCUGCAGGAAAGAAAUGAUUAAAAAUACAACCGCGA